AUGGAUAGCGAAAUUUCGGCUUUCGAUAAACUUGAAAAUCUUCGAUUUUCAAGCUAUGAAAUUAACCAAUUAUUUUCAAGUCUUAAAGGCACACUUCCGGUUUCGAUGGGAUCUAAACUUCAAGAUCUGUCACAAAAAUUCCUCCAACUUUCAAACCAAUGAACUGAACUAUGCGAAGAACUCGUUGAAAAAUCUGAGGAAGAAAAAGCUAAAGCAAAUGAAGCGACUAAACAAGAAAAAAUCAUGAAAAACAAAGAAAAAACAAAAAAUUAUAAAAGAGAAAAAUACUUAGUAAAUAAAGAAGCUGAAAUUGAUAAAAAAACCAGAGAGCUUGAACAAUCAGUCUACAACGUAAAAGAAAUAAUUAAAGAUAAUGUAAACCAGCUUGAAAAGUCAUUAAUCGAUAAAAACAUAAAGAAGAAAAACAGAGAAAAAGAGCAAAUUUCUGAGCUAAACCAAUUUGAAGACGAAAUGAGCACUGUUUUAGAAAAGCCGAUUUUAGUAGAAAAAAGCUUGGAUUUGCCAAAAAUCCAUGCGCCAGAUGAGAGCAUAAGCAUUAAUAAUUUGUCAGCGAUUGAGCGAGACGGCCCGCCAAUAGAAAUAGAUGUUUCUUAUGCAACAGAAUUGAAUGUGACUGAAGAAUUUGAAAAAAUAGUUGACGAAAACGCAAAAAAUAACCCAGAAAUUAUUAACAGCUCAAAAUUUUCAAUCGAAAAAACCAUAGGAGGCUGAGAAUCAAAUUUAGAAAGUGAUACAAGCAAUAUUUCUAUUGAAAUUAGGCCAAGAGAUAUAGAGCAAGCAUUAAAUGAAUUCGAAAGAUUAAAUGGAUCGCUAUAUGAAGAAACUAUGGUAAAAAUUCGUUCUCUUUUAUCUCAAGGCCCUGAAAACUUUGAAUUAGGUAUAGCCCCUUCCCGGCUAUAGAUCGGCCUAUGCCCGAUCUUUGCCGGGAAACUCAGGGGGUUGUCUUCGUCACUUUCAGGUGACGAGUCAACUCCCCGAGUUGGCAAAUCACUUAAUAGCGGCUAUUUGCCAACUCGGGGAGUUGAAUCGUCACCUGAAAGUGACGAAGGCAACCCCCCGAGUUUCCCGGCAAAGAUUGGGCUAUGCCCGAUCUAUAGCCUGGAACGGGCUAUAUGCAGCUAGCGAAAUUACUACUUAAAAAGAACGGAUAUGAAAUAAAACCAGCCAUUCCUACGUCAAAAAUGUUAACUCCAAUGGACUCAAAAAAUUAUAAUGCUCCAUUUGCGUCCCCAGACCAUUUUAAGAGUAAACAAAAACAAAUUUUUAAAGAAAAAAUCCAAGAAAAUCAGCAAGAUCUAGAAAUGACAAGUCCAAGAGAAUUGAUGUACAAUGGGGGCUGCAUACACCCUAUGCUAGAAGAGACAGAUGAAAUAGAAGAUAGCAGAAUUUUAUCAAAUAACAAUAUAGAAGCUUUUCUAAAUUCCCCUAGUAUUGAGGAUUCUAAUUUUCAGGACCAAAAUAUUGAUAUCAGCUCAAUGCAUCCUACAGAUUUGGAGACUGAAAAUUCAAGGUUUGAUGAUAGAAUUUUAAAUUCAAAAGACAGCGGGAUGAUUUUUAGAGGUACCAACUCGGUAAAUGAGCCUCCAAGUACUAACUCUCUAGUAAAAAAUCUUUGUUUUAAUUAUAAUAAUAAAUUUAUAGUAUUUUUUUUUACACAAAAUUUGAUAUUAUAACGAACUAAGAAAAAAGAAAUUAAAGGUUUUUCGAAUUCUCACAGCCAAAGCAUCAUGAAAACAGAAAGCUGCACAAAAUUCCAGCUAGAUAGCUCUAAAGGUUUUUAA